UUAACGCACGAGGAGUAAUGCGGGAAGCAUAAAUUCAAAGUGUUUGAAAAACAUAAAUAAAUAAACUUCGGCUUGAAAGUUGCUGCAAGCCCGGUGCUAAGUGUUGCUAAACUCGGUGCUACUGAUUGCGUACACUGUAAAGACGCGAAAGUAUCGUAAAUUGUAGAAAGUGAAAUACGUGAUGCUGUGACUUCGGCGCCAGGAAUUUCAAGAUGAGAACGGUAAUUUCAUAGCGAAUGACUUACGAGACACAGUCCUGUAUUUGAAAUCCAAAGAAAGCGAUAGCUUUGAUAUUCAACCGAAAUGGCAGACCCAUACAAUUUGCAUUUGCAUUUGUCCUGGCGAAAACGUCUGCUUCGAUACAAGAAUACAAUAGAGAAUGCAACGUUCCCAGUUCCGAUCAAGACUUUACCACUCACGAUCACCAUAGUCUCGGCGUUACACUAUGCGGAUCCAGCCGGUCCUUACGACGUCGUCGGCAAAAUGCCCAGUUUACUCGCAUCUGCUUGGGCGAACUGUUUCGCAACUGGUCUGUCACUGUGGCUGGCAGGGGUGUUUACCAUUCGAAUGACGAUUCGACUGCUCUACUUGUACAAAGGUUACAUGUACGAAAACCAAAAUCAAUCGCUUACCACCAAGUUGUGGGCGUUCGCGCUGAAAGUUUUGCUGGCGUGGAAGAAGCCCAAGCUUUACAGCUUUCAAGGUUUACUGCCCAAACUGCCUGUACCGAAAGUCGAAGACACCGUUGAAAGGUACUUGAAAAGCAUGCGACCACUCGUCAGCGACGAGGAAUACCAACAUUUGGCGGAGAUGGCACGAGAUUUCGAGAAAGGAGUCGCUUCGAAAUUGCAGCGCUACUUGCACCUGAAAUCUUGGUGGUCGAGCAAUUACGUGUCCGACUGGUGGGAAAGAUACGCUUAUCACAUGAAUCGUGCUCCACUUCUGAUCAACUCCAAUGUCUACGGGGUCGAUCUCAUUUUUAUAAAUCCGAGUACAAUUCAGUCUGCUCGCGCUGCAUUUCUGAUUUAUGGCUUUAUGUAUUAUCGAGAGCUCAUCGACAGUCAAGAACUCGAACCGCUCGUUGGACAAGGCAUCAUACCAUUGUGCUCCGCUCAGUCUGAGAGAUACUUCAAUACAGCGAGAAUACCAGAUUUAGAGAUCGAUGAGAUCGUGCACUACGAGUACUCGGAGCAUAUGGUGGUCUAUCACAAGGGCAAGUAUUUUUUGUUGCCGCUUUAUCACAACAACAGGCUUUUGAAACCAUGCGAAAUCGAGAUACAAAUCCAGGCGAUUCUGAACGACCAAAGUUCACCGGCCGAUGGCGAAGAGAAACUGGCGGCACUCACCGCUGCGUCCAACCGAACUGAAUGGGCAAAAAUGCGCCAAGAGUUCUUUGGCAGGGGAAUCAAUAAGUGCUCGUUAACUGCUAUCGAGUCGGCUGCGCUUUUCGUGUCUUUGGACGACUACCCGUACGAGGACGACAGAAACGAUCCGGAAAAAUUGAGCUUUUUCAUCGAUGCCAUAUGCUGUGGUAAUGGACACAAUCGCUGGUGCGACAAAUCUCUGAUGAUGGCUAUCGGAACGAACGGCAAGACUGGUCUGAUGGCUGAGCACUCUUGGGCUGACGGACCAAUCUCAGCUCACGGAUGGGAAUAUGUUCUCAGCAUGGAAUGGCAUGAAGGCUACAGAGAAGAUGGUCAUACGAAAGGGACUCCAGAAUUCGCACCGCCAUUACCGGUCAGAUUGCAAUGGGAUUUUAAUCCGCGAUGCAUCGAAGCUAUCGAGAAAUCAUCUAUGGUCGCAAAAGAAAUGAUCGCAGGAUUGGACUUGUACGCGUACAUCCACGACGAUUACGGCAAGGGUUUUAUGAAAAAAGCCAAAGUCUCACCGGACGCUUACAUACAAAUGGCCCUACAGCUGGCCUACUUUCGCGAUGCUGGUAGAGUUACGCUGACGUACGAAGCCACCAUGACACGCCUUUAUCGCGAGGGCCGUACUGAAACCUUGAGGUCUUGUACUCCAGAAAUGACCGCUUGGGUUAAGGCCAUGGAGGAUCCUAAUUCAGCGGUCGAAGAUAGAUAUCAACUUAUGUUGGAUACUGCAACUCGACAUAAAAGGAAUUACCAAGACGCAAUGUGUGGCAAGGGAGUCGACCGACAUCUCUUUGGACUCUACGUCGUUUCUAAAUACGUACAAGUUGACUCUCCUUUCUUAAAGGAAGUUUUUAAUCAGCCGUGGAAACUGUCAACAUCGCAAACCCCGCAACAUCAAUGUAACAAGGUCGAUUAUAAAAAGAAUCCAGACUUCAUUUCCGGUGGAGUAGGGUUUGGCCCCGUCGAUCAAAACGGAUAUGGAGUGAGCUACAAUAUUUGUGGCGAAAACUUGAUUAUCUUUCACAUUUCCAGCAAACGCUCUUCUCCUGACACAGAUUCGAGAAGGUUUGCUAAGUUGCUCAAAGGAGCAUUCACAGAUAUGAAAAAUCUAAUGUUAAAAACCAACAAUAUGAAGAAUCAGAACAUUUGAUGCAGUUUAUGUCAAUUCAUAUUUGAUCAUCGAUUAUUUUCUUUUUGUUUUGUUAUAUGUCAUAUAAGAUAUCAUCGAAAUUUAUUUAUAGUUAUCGAUGUAUAUCAUUACAUUGAUACAUUAAUAUGCCUUUGGAAAACAAUCUAUAAAUAUAUGACAUUACUGAAACCAUUUUAAACGCUGUACACAAUUUAAGAUUGAGCAAUAAAUUCCUACAUGUUUUUG